AAUUCAGGAAUUUGAAACAAAGCCUGUUACAAACUGCCCAGAGGGAGCCAUGGCUGCAGAGAGCCCUGUGGAAAGGCUCCAGGAAGAAGCGACAUGUCCCGUCUGUCUGGAGUAUUUCACAGAACCUGUCACUCUGGAGUGUGGGCACAAUUUCUGCCGAGCCUGCAUCAGCCAGUGCUGGGAGGGAUCCGAUACAGCCACCUCCUGCCCUCAGUGCAGAGAAACUGUGCAACAGGGAAACCUCAGGCCCAACAGGCAGCUGGCAAAUAUCCUAGAACUCGUCAAGGAGUUGAGUUUACAGGCAGCAAAAGGAGCAGGAGGGGAUGGGGUAUGUGAGAGACACCAGGAGGCUCUGAAACUGUUCUGUGAAGAGGAUCAAACCCCCAUCUGUGUGGUGUGCGACAGAUCCCGGGCUCACCGCGCUCACACAGUGGUUCCCAUAGAGGAGGCUGCCCAGGAGUACAAGGAAAGAAUCCAGGCCCAUUUGAAGACUCUGAGGGAAGAGAGAGAAAAGCUGCUGGGAUUGAAAGUGACUGGAGAGGGGAAUAGCCAGGAGUAUCUGAAACAAACACAAACCGAGAGGCAGAAGAUUGUGUCUGAAUUUCAGCAACUGCAGCAGUUCCUGGAGGAACAAGAGCGACUCCUGCUGGCCCAGCUGGAGAAGCUGGAUGAGGAGAUUGUGAGGAUCCAGAACGAAAAUGUCAGUAAACUCUGUGAGCAGAUUUCCCAUCUCAGUGAGCUGAUCAGUGAGAUGGAGGGGAAGUGUCAGAAGCCAGCAAGUGAAUUCCUGCAGGAUGUCAGAACCACCUUGAGUAGGUGUCAGAUGGGGAAGUUCCAGCAGCCAGAGGAGAUUUCUCCUGAACUGGAAGAGCGAGUCAGUGGUUUCUCCCAGAAAAUGAUUGUGCUAUCGGAGAUUCUGGGGAAGUUCAAAGGUACCUAG